GCUGAGUGGAAGGCAUUCUCUCGUCAGCAGCGGAACAAGAAUACACCCACUACCAUGUACAAACUGACCGCUAUCUUUGCCCUCAUCGCCUGCGCCAGGGCUGGCUACAUCGGAGGCUACGCUGCCGCUCCAGCACUCACCUACGGCUCUAGCUACGGCUAUGCUGGUGGCUACAGUUAUGCUUCUCCAGCAGUUGCCACCGUUGCUCAUGCUCCAGCUAUCUCUUACGCCGCACCGGCACUCGCUACUGUAGCACACGCUCCAGUCGCUGUAGCUCAUGCUCCAGUCGCCACCUCCUACGCAAACACUUACAGGACUGUGAACAAGCCAAUCGCCGUUGCCGCCCCAGCUGUAUCUUACGCUGCUCCAGCCGUCUCCUACGCCGCACCCGCAGUUUCCUAUGCCGCCCCAGCCGUUGCAACCGUCGCCCACGCUCCAGUUGCCACUUCUUACGCUAGCACUUACAGGACUGUCAACAAGGCUGUAGCUGUCGCUGCUCCCGCUGUCUCCUAUGCAGCUCCCGCAGUCUCCUAUGCUGCUCCAGCUAUCGCCACCGUAGCUCAUGCUCCAGCAGUAUCCUACGCUGCUCCAGUCGCCGCUGUAGCCCAUGCCCCAAUUGCCACUUCUUAUGCUAACACCUACAGGACCGUCAACAAGCCAAUUGCUGUAGCCACCCCAGCUAUCUCCUACGCCGCCCCAGCUGUUGCCACCGUAGCUCACGCCCCAGCCAUUGCCACUGUCGCCCAUGCUCCAGUCAGCUAUGGUCUCGGCCUCAGGUCUGCAUACGGUCUUGGCAGCUACGGAUACGGUCUUGGAUACAGGUCUGCCUACGGUCUCGGCUAUGGAUAUGGUGGAUACGGACUUGGCUCCACCCUCCUCCACCAUUAA